CACAUGUAAUUAUAUAUGAUGAGCCAAAGCAAAAGGCUUCAUCCCCACCAAACCAAGUUCCAGUCCUGAAUAUCCUCUGCAAAAUGCGAAACCAUUUGUGCCUUUUCUCUCUCAUCCUCACUCUCCUCUCUCUCUCUCAUGCUCUCACUCCGUCUUCUCCUCUCCAUUGCGACCAACAUGGCUGUACUAUUCUCAACUCCUAUGGCGCCUGGCCUGAUCGAGCUUCUUGCCACGCGCUUAACGUCACUUACCCCACCACCGAGCAAGAGCUUCGCCUCGCCGUCGCUUACGCCAAUCGCAACAAUCUUAAGGUGAAGGUCGUCACCAAAUUCUCCCACACCAUUCCCAAGUUGGCUUGCCCUUCCGCCGAUAAUACUCUUCUCAUCAGCACCGAGAAGUAUAGUUCGGGCAUUGAAAUUGAUGCCGCUGAUUUGGUUGUGACCGCGGAUUCCGGGGUGCCGCUUCGUGAUUUGAUCGAUAGAGUGGAGGAGAAUGGGUUCAGCUUGGUGGCUGCGCCGUAUUGGGAGGGUGUGACGGUGGCUGGGCUGAUUACCACCGGCGCCCAUGGCAGUUCGUGGUGGGGCAAUGGAGGGGCUGUUCACGAUCAUGUUAUCGGGAUUAGCAUCGUUGUUCCUGCUUCCAAAUCUGAAGGCUACGCCAAGAUUUUGACGCUGGAACGACACGAUCCUCUCCUUAAUGCUGCCAAAUUAUCACUGGGAAUGCUGGGUGCCAUCUCCAAGGUGAAGCUAUCAAUAGAGCAUAGGUUCAAGCGACGCAUAACGUACAAUUUUACUGAUGAUGCUAAUAUGGAAGAUGGAUACAUGGAGCAUGCAAAUAAGUAUGAAUUUGCAGAUAUCACUUGGUAUCCUUCGAAGCAUACAGCUGUAUACAGAUAUGAUUCCAGGGUUCCCUUAAAUGUCUCCGGUGAUGGCGUAUAUGACUUUAUUGGAUUUCAACCCAAUUCUAUGUUGGUCUCCAAAUCCAUCAGAGGAAUAGAGAAAUUGCAGGAAAAUGGGAGGGAUGUGAAUGGGAAAUGCCUAACAGCAACAGCUACAGUAUCGUACAAGAAAUUAGCGGGAAAUGGGCUGAAGAACAACGGCCUAAUCUUCACAGGCUAUCCAGUCGUGGGAUAUCAAGGAAAAAUGCAAACAUCGGGUUCGUGCUUAUAUUCAACAAGAUUUGACACUUCCUGUGCGUGGGAUCCGAGAAUCAAAGGGCUAUUCUUUUACGAGAGCACUGCAAUCUUCCCUGCUUCCACCUUCGGAGACUUCGUGCGUGAUGUGAAAAAACUGAGAGACCUAAACCCACAGAACUUCUGUGGCCUGGACAUCUACAAUGGCUUCCUAAUACGCUUUAUUAAAGCCUCAAAUGCGUAUCUAGGCCAACCCCAAGACUCCGUGGUGAUUGAUUUCAACUAUUAUCGUUCGGAGGACCCUUCAACUCCGAGACUAAACCAGGAUGUGUUGGAAGAGGUGGAGCAAAUGGCGUUCUUCAAAUAUGGAGCUAAGCCACAUUGGGCCAAGAAUAGGAACGUAGCUUUCUUGGGUGUGCAGAACAAGUAUCCCAAGUUUAAGGAGUUCAUUGCAGCCAAGGAACAAUUGGACCCUCAGAAUAUUUUCUCAAGUAAAUGGUCAGAUGAUUUAGUGUAUGGCAAACAAGGGGAAAAAGUUGAUGGGUGCGCGUUGGAGGGACUUUGCAUAUGUACUGAAGACAGACAUUGCAGUCCAAAAGGGUAUUUCUGCAGACAAGGCCUUGUCUACAAAGAAGCUAGAGUUUGUAGGCACUCCUCGGCCUCCAUUGCUUGAUGCUUUUGUACAACACACACAAGCAUAUUACUCUCUUUAUUAUCUAUGCUCAUAAUAUGAGAAUAUUAUUCUUCCCCUU